AUGGAUAGAUUUGACUGGUCACCGUCCACUCGAGUCGUGCAAAUCGUGGUGGCCAGUCUAGGGGCUCCUACACUGGCAUGGCUGCUCUAUAUCCUCCUUACGCCUGACCUGGAAAAGGCAAUACCAUACACCGUCCAUGCCCCUGAACAGCUCAAACCAAGAUGGAAAGGCAAGACUCUGGCUGAGCCGUCCAUCAAGAUCUCCGGCUCAACAACGAUACAAUGCUAUGCACCAGCCACUGGCGAAUUGCUCGGCGUGGUCAACCCAGUAACACCAGACGGUAUCGAUCGAGCCAUUGCCAAAGCGGCGAAAGCCCAGCAGACAUGGGCAAGGACUACAUUCGGCCAACGGAGACGUGUGCUCAAGACGCUUUUGACCUUCAUCCUUGACUAUCAAGAUGACAUCGUUCGAGCUGCAUGCCUGGAUUCUGGGAAGACGAGAGUCGAUGCCCUAUUCGGGGAAGUGCUCGUCACGGCUGAGAAGCUGAAAUGGACUAUCCUGCAUGGCGAGAAGGCACUGCAAGCUAGUCGACGGCCGACUAACCUGCUCAUGUUCUACAAGAAGAACGAGGUGCGGUAUGAGCCUCUUGGAGUGGUUGGCGCAUGUGUGAGCUGGAACUACCCCUUCCACAACCUUAUAGGCCCAAUAAUCUCAGCACUCUUCAGCGGCAACGCCAUAAUCAUCAAGAACAGCGAGCAGACAGCUUGGUCAUCCGCUUACUUCGCCAACGUUGUCUGCUCUGCACUCAAAAUCUGUGGUCACGAUCCUGACCUUGUCCACGCAGUCUCGUGCUGGCCAGCUACGGCGGCGUACUUCGCAGCACACCCCGGUAUCAGCCAUCUUACGUUUAUCGGCAGUCGACCAGUGGCGCAUGAAGUUGCAAAACAGGCGGCCAAAGCGUUGACACCUUUGUGCGUCGAGCUUGGCGGCAAAGAUCCUGCGAUAGUACUUGAUGAUCCGGCUGGCAAGGCGACAAGCGAGGGCGAGAUGCGAAGAGUUGCGAGCAUUAUCAUGCGAGGAGUGUAUCAGUCUGGUGGGCAGAAUUGCAUUGGUAUUGAAAGAGUGAUUGCGACGUCACUGGCUUACGAACGACUCAUUGCCAUGCUGGAGCCCAGGGUCAAGGCUAUGCGUCUCGGCUACGAUCUUGCGGACGAUGGGGGCUCGGUGGACAUGGGAGCCAUGAUCUCACCAGCUUCUUUCACCCGGCUGGAAGCAUUGAUUGCCGAAGCCGUUGCGCAAGGAGCUGAGUGCCUGACUGGAGGACAUCGGCACGAACACCCAGAUUAUCCUCACGGCCAUUACUUCGAGCCCACUCUUCUGGUCAACGUCACAUCGACUAUGCGCAUAGCACAGGAGGAAGCCUUCGCACCCAUCUGCAUGAUUAUGCGAGCCGAGAGCGUGCAAGACAGCAUCACAAUAGCGAACAGCACAUCCUACGGCCUUGGCGCCUCAGUCUUCGGCCCUACAACCUCAAGCACAGCUCAUGAAAAUCUUCGAUACGUGGCUGAGAGACUCCGAGCCGGGAUGGUAGCCAUAAAUGACUUCGCCGUCUUCUACGCCGUCCAGCUUCCCUUUGGAGGCGUAAAGGGGAGUGGUUACGGGAGGUUUGCUGGUGAAGAGGGUCUACGGAGCUUGUGUAAUGCUAAAUCUGUGUGCCAGGAUCGCUGGCCUGGGUUGAUUAAGACGAGUAUCCCGCCGAAGUUGGACUAUCCUAUGCGGAAGGGUGCUUGGGAGAUGGGGAGGGGUGUUGUGGAAGUGGGGUAUGGUGAGGACUGGAGGAGAAGGGCAGGCGGGCUGAGGAGUAUUUUGGGGAUGUGA